AUGUCUGACGCUGAAGUUUAUUGUCCAAACUAUGCUCCCUUCUUUGGGUUCGCUGGUGUCUUUUGUGCUAUGGCCUUUAGUACUAUUGGCGCUGCUUAUGGUACAUCAAAAGCUGGUAUUGGUAUUGCCGGUAUUGGUUCUUUUAAACCCGAACUUGUUAUGAAGUCAUUGAUUCCUGUUGUUAUGAGUGGUAUUAUUGCAGUAUAUGGUUUAGUUGUUGCAGUUCUUUUGGCUGGUCAAUUAUCACCAACUGCUGGUUACUCCUUAUUCUCUGGCUUUAUUGCCUUGGCUGCUGGUUUGUCUGUUGGUAUGGGUGGUUUAGCUGCAGGGUAUGCCAUUGGUAUUGUUGGUGAUUAUUGUGUUCGUGGAUAUGUCAGAGAAAGCCGUUUGUUUGUCACUAUGGUUUUGAUCCUGAUUUUUGCUGAAGUCCUUGGUCUUUAUGGUCUAAUUGUUGCACUCAUCUUAAAUGCUAAGGCUGAUAAUUCUGCCUGUUCUGCUUAG